CUUUUCUUGCGUGCCUAGCUCCUGCCUGCAUUUCUUCAAGUUCUGGCGCUGCUCCCUAGCCAGGGAAUCCUCGCAUAUGGCCUGAGCACUGCUCCAUUGUCUUCCCUGAGGCUUCUAUUCUGCGCUGAUCAAGCCGAUCCAUUGUUGAUUAGUUUACUUCCAGCAAGAUUUCAAGUUGCUGGAACCAGAGGGUCUGGCCAGUACGGGCCUCAAAGAGCUUUCUUGAUCCUUUCUUACUCUCAGGCGAUCUGCUGCCGGGCCAGGCAGGCAUGGCUGCAUCUCUGGCGACUCGAGGCAGAGCAGUUGCUGCCUCAGCUCCCUAUGAAUUGGCGCUGUCCGAGAGGACACUCUGCAGCACUCCUGCUUUGUUUAAUCUGGGCCAUCGCACGCACACCUUCAGAAGGAGCAAGGGCAUUCCAUGCGGCGAUCAGGGAAGAAUAAGGCCACAGAGGCAUGUUCCGCGCCUAGCUGAAACAAAGUUCACUGGCCGGAGAUUGUCUGCGGCGAUCAGCAAUGAUGAAGCUAGCCACAAGCAGCGGUUUGUAGCAAUCAGAGCGGAUGGUGGCGAGUCUGCCACAGCAGGAGCUGAGAAGUCCAAGUCUGCGAAAUGGGACGGGCUUACAACACAACUUGCCGCAUCCUCGACUGCCGCGUUCCUGGUACUGAUGCUUCCGCAGAUCUUGAAAAACCUGACCAACCUGCGCCAGGGCAACUUGGCACCCAUUGGUGUCCUUCCAUGGAUGGGGUACUCGACGGGUCUGCUGGGCAACACUCUGCUCCUCUCCUACUUUGCUGCCAAGAAGGAGAGUGGGGCAACUAUCGUGCAGGGCGUUGGAAUGCUCAGCACCUACGUGCUUCUAUCCACGAUCUUCUUUGGAGGUUUCAUGCCCAGCAUUGCAUACAUGGUCGUCUCUGGCGUUGUGGUCCUGGGGCUGUGCCUGAACCUCCUCAACUUUGGCGGCCUUCUCCCAGCUGCCAUCUUCAACGUUUGGCAGGACAUUGCUGGCAUUGUCGGUUUGUCGGUUUUGCCCCAGGUCGUAUACUCCACCUUUGCUCCAACGCCCAGCGUCCUCCCAGGAUCCCUGGCAGCCGCUGCCGGCGUUCUCUUCAUCAUCCUGCUCCGCCUAGGGAAGUUGCCCGAGAGCGCUCGCGGCUUCUGGACGCAGCUAUCCGCUUGGACUGCCACUCUCCUCUUCAUGUUCAUGCCCGUCUCGCAGCUGGUCAGUAACUUCACUAACCCCGAGUCGGUCAAGGGGCUGUCCCUCGCCACCGUGUUGCUGGGCAUGGCCGGGAACGGCCUCAUGAUCCCCCGGGCGCUCUUCAUCCGCGACCGGAUCUGGUUCACUGGUUCGACCUGGGGUUGCAUGAUGCAAGGCUGGGCUUGUCUUCUCAGCAUGUUCAUGUACGAUGCGACCGACAAGCUCACUUUCUACGGGGUGUCUGGUUUCCUGUUCACCUACUUCGCCACUAUUCUUCUGAUGGACGGUCAAGCCAACGGCCUGUCGAACCCGUUGUCUUCAUUAGUGGAGGUCGUCCGGGGCCGCAAAUCGUGAAGGGGCGAACGUCAACAGUCUCUAGACAACCCGCGGUCUGCGCCUGCAUCACUAGAGCAAACACCAAGGAUACCGCUGGGUGCACCACGGUCGUGGUCACCCUAGGUCAAAUCGAUCCAAGCGGUGAGCAGUGCGCGCUAGGCAUGAUGAAGCCUAUAAGGAGGCUUGUGCGGUGGGGCGAGGGUUGAAGACCUGCGCUUGAGAGUUGGUUUCCAAGAGCGGAACAGCGUUUUUCUGAUUUUGGCAACGGAGUCGAUUGUUGCUUAGUCACUGACUUCCAUGCGAGCUUGCUUCAAGAUAGGUUAGACCCUGAGCAUAUUUGUUCCAUGACAAUAGCACUCUUUACUUUAGCUAGGACUUGACAGAACUAGAUUUAAAAGGUAUUGCUGUAUUCAUUGCUCAAUAUUGGCAGUACUUAGAGUUGUCCAGCCAAUUCAGGGAUUAGGUAUUCCACAUAAGUACAUAUCUAUUUGAGCACUGGCAAUCAAAGGUUGCAUUGGUUUUAUGAACUGCAAUCUGAAUUCGGAGCUCAUAUACCUUAUCCCACU